UGCCCUACACUUUCAAGACACUCGCGCGACAUCCGCAACUGAAGUCUAAAAAAGAAAAAUGUGCUCGAGUACUGUAUUAUGUAAUUGUCAAUGACAGUUGUGUUGAGACAACUGUCGUGUCAAUUGACACGUGAAACAGGCAAAGGACAAGACAACAAUAAUCGAAUGAAAGGAAGAAGAUUGUUCUGUUAACGAAAAAGUGAUCGUAUGCAUAUUGUGGUGUAUUGAUUAACUUCCUUUUAAUUUUCCAAAUCGUGUUCGCUUUAUCAGAUACUAUGAAAAUCAAUCCCUCUUCAUAUCCUGGAAAGAUAUAAAAAUGUGGUGAUGGCUGUAAAAUUAUUAUAGACGCAACGUGACUUGAUGCAUAAAAAAUAACUUGCUUUCUUAAUUAAUGAUAAGACUGUAGGGUGUGCAUGUGCAUACUUAUGAUUUUCCAAAUUAUAUCGAAACCAGUUUUUCAUCAAUUAACUAUUCGUCCAUGAAAAAAUGACUGUACCGUGGGUGUUGAAGAUCAUCGUUUGCUUAAUUUAUUGUCGUGUAACUUUCGGGGAACUGAAAGUUUUACAAACGGUAUUUAGACAUGGAAAUAGAAUGCCUACGAAAGAAUCGUUUUAUCCUAAGGAUCCUUAUAUUAAUUAUACCUACAAACCGGAUGGAAGAGGAAGCCUGACAAACAUUGGAAAAAUGUCGGCGUUUAAACUUGGCCAAUAUUUUCGAGAAAGAUACGACCAAUUUUUAGGACCAUGUUAUUCUAAAAAAGAUAUUUGGUUUCGAGCGGAUGAAGUAGACAGAGUCGUGAUGACUGGAGAACUUGUGGCAGCUGGGUUGUAUCCACCGUGUAACGAGCAAAGAUGGAAUUCGGAUUUAAAUUGGCAACCGAUUCCCGUAUGGGCACCUCCGAUAUCGAACGAUUAUUUGUAUAAUGGUGUAUUUUGCAAUAACUAUAAAAAAUGGAGAAAUGAUGUGGAGAAGACAGACAGUGAAGUGAUAGAAUUUGAGGAAAGGAACAAAGACGUUUAUGAUUAUCUGUCUACUUACACAGGUGGUAACAUAACACAAUUGCGUGUCCUCGGUUUGCGUCAGUAUUUAUAUGCACAGGAGGAUAUUGGUCUAAGAUUACCAAAAUGGACGAAAUCAGUUUUUCCAAAUGGGAGACUAGACGAGUUGGCCGAGUAUGACAUUGUAAUUCGAACUCGUACUCCAGAAUUAAAACAAUUGUUAGGCGGAGUGUGGCUCCUCGAAUGGUUAAAUCAUAUUGAUGCUCAUUUGAAUAAGAGUGAUACACGAAAGGCAUUUAUGUACGCGGCCCAUGAAUUAAACUUGGCUGCUAUACUUACAACGUUAGAUAAUUACGAUAAUGAAAUUCCUUCUUAUAGCAGUAGUCUCAUGUUCGAAUUACACGAAGAAGAAAAUGAAUAUUACGUACAGGUACUGUACAGAAAUAAUGGUAAAAUACGGACUCUCACUUUCCCCGAUUGUGAUGAUGUGACUUAUUGUCCACUAGAUGUAUUCAGAGAAUAUAUUAAGCCUUUGUUACCAAGUAAUCCGAAAAUUGCAUGCGGCGAAGGAAAGAAGAGUACGUCGCUAUACUAAUUGUAAGAGAUAAUGUAUUAUGUGCUCGAGGCAAGGAGUUUAAAAUGUAUGCUGAUUAAUAAAUGAAUGGGAAUUAAA